UCCACAACAGUUAUACUGGUGCGCUACCAAUCUUUCAACUUUCAGGUUGGUCAGUGGACUAUAUAAUGUAGUGAGACACAGAAUAUUGGCUCUUGACACAAAAGCUGUUGCCUGCAGACUCAGCCUCACAAGUAUGCCACAACCCCUUCUCGGGGCUAAAGAUUGCAGUGUAAAGAGGGGUAGCAGAUCCAGAAGUAUGUACUUUGUCAUCCUGAAUCCCAUCCUGGAGGCUAAAAAUUGCAGCGAUGGCAGUGAAAUCGAUGAGCUGAAUCGCCCAAGUCCUCACACUUUCUUCACCGAGGCUAUAAAUCGCUGUGUAAGCGCUCAAAAUUUUUUUUCUGUCAACACUUCCCUAGGGCUAAAGAUUGCAGUAAAAGAAAACGCAAGAUGGCUGGUCAAUGCGAGCCUCUCGAUUUCCCACCCGGGAUGCUGCGUGUACAACCGGGUCCGGUGAGCGAGUAUUUUCAAUUCAGCCUGCCUCUCCCUCUCCCCAACUUCUCUUCCGCACUCGGAAUUGUAGCGAAAGAAUCUUCUGCAUGCGACUGUAUGAGUGAAUAGUGACACGGGAACUACCAAUUUUUUAGACCUUCCGCUCUCACUCGAAGUUGCCACGUAUAAGCCACGAUCCGGUGAGGAAAGCUCUCAGGGUAUCCUCAUUUUUUCACUGCAAUCUUUGGCCUCAGGGAGGAAAUGUAGAGGGAGGCCGCACGUUUUAACCCUACGCCUUUCAGCCCCUCUCCCUCUCUAGUCUAACUUCUCCUCCGGGCUAGAAAUUGCAGUGAAAGAUCCGUUGUAACGUUCCCAGCACACCCACUACUCUAGCCACCCUUGCUUUCAACUCCUCUUCCAGGCUAGAGAUUGCAGUGCAUGAGGCUCAAAUUCUGAGUUGACCGCCACUCCCCGCUGUAUCCAGCCUAGCUAUUUUCCUACUGCAACUUCUCUCCGAAGCUAAAGAUUUCAGUAAAAUCGUCGUGGUGCUCACGAUUCUUGAUUAUUGGUGGAGACCGACAACGAAAACGAAAACAACGACAAGAACUUUCAGCCUUGCCAACACACCAUCAUCCUAUCCCGACUCCUCUGCUAACUCCUCUCCUAGACUAAAGAUUGCAGUGCAUUUCCUAAUUGGGACGCAGCCUUCCGGGACACCGAGACCCUUCAACCUCUCUCACCCCCCAGUACAACUGCUCCCCCAGGCUAGAAAUUGCAGUGCAUGUCUCCGGAAGAUAAAGCCAGGCGGGACCCAUUACACAGUUCAGCCUUCAUCCCCAAACUCCUCUCCCAGGCUAGAAAUUGUAUGCAGCCGGGUACAAGCGCCACCCCUACAAUGCGACCCCUGCAACCACUCCAACCGGGACCCAAUCAACCAAUCAUCAAGAACCCGCAUGUCAAGACGUCAGCUGCCUUCACCGGAUAUAAAAUAAGCCUGUGCAGUAUCAAACAC